AUGAAAUUUUAUAACUUUAUAAUUUUCUUGGCUUUAUUUUUUGUGGUUGACGCAAGGCCCGGUCAAGAAGAAAAAAACCCGAAUCUAAAAGUGUUGGAAAAAAAAUUUAAGGUCGGUGAUGGAGACAUAGAAGGAUUCUUUGGUGAUAUUGAGGGAGCGUUUAUUGAUUGCAAGUUGAUUGCUGCUUCUCCUUGCUGCGCACAAAAUCAAGCAGACAAAUUAGUCGAUGUUGCAUAUUUUUUAGGUGAUCAUAAGAAAGAAGAUAAAAAAAAACAGCUUAUUGAACUUGCGAUAAAUUUAAUGCUAUCUGAAAAAAACACUCCGAAUAAGUGUCAACGAGCUGCUAUCUGUGAUCAAAAGCCAAGACAUAAAGAACUUGAUGGAUUAGCCAAAAAAAUGAAACAAGAUCCUUGUUCUAAACGUAAUUCGAAACCAUUUGAGAAAAAGGAUGGCUUUGAGGAUCCUAAAAAUUUCGUACUAAAACUCCAUGGAGAUAUCAUUGCUCCUAACUGUAAGCGCUUUCCGGCAAGAGAUGAUAAAGCCAAAUGUUCAACAAAAAAAUAA